GAAUACGUCGCCCACCGCAGGCGGCACGUUCCCUCCAUGCCCCCCCCAUCCGUGAUGGGCUUUCGAGGCUCCAAGACAUACCUUAAUCGGCUCGGUACUGCUCCCAUUGGCGCCUCCGCGUAAGCCAGUGUGAGGUCAAGGUGGGAUUGAAGGUGGGCUUAUUAGCUGAAUGGCGGGAACAAGCAUGGCACACAAGACGAGAUGGUGACGUGACGUGACAUGACGGCUUCUGCGUCUCUCCUCAGCGGUGUCCUUUGCGGUGUGCUCUGCGGUCUCUCCUCUGUGGAUUGUGGCCGGUCCCCUCUCCGUCCCUGUCUGUCUGUCCCUCGGACUCUCGUCGUGUGUUCCGUCCUGUCGGGUCGUAUCUCCUCUCGGGGCUCCUCAUGGCGGUUCCCCGUCGUGGCUAGCCGCGGUGGCUCAGGCUCCCGGUCGGCGCGGGUGGCCUCCCUUGUUUUUGCUUUGCUCGAUCGAAUUCGCACUCUGCUGGGUUUACCCAUCCUCAUUAGCACCGUAGCAAAAAGUGGCCUGGGCUGGCCUGGGCUGGGUUCCCCCAUCCAUCCGUCCCCUCCACUCCACUCUCAAGGUGUCAAUGUCCCGAGGUGGGCUCGCUCGCCGGUGGUGGCACGGUUCCGUCAUGGUCAGCCGAGACGACACCGAGAUGGCGAAGAAAUGCACAGAGACCGAAGCGGGAUCCAAUCCUUGCUGGGGAGGCUUUCCAUGGGUGGAGGGGCUCUCUGUGGCUCUCGCUGUGGCUCUGUGCUCCCGUGGCUCCAUGAAUAGAUGUUGCAAUUCCCGAAGCCGACAGACAGACAAGUGUGCUGGGAAUUAGACGUUUGACGUCGUCGCUCCUCGUCACUCCGCCUGUCCCCCCGGCCGUCUUUUUUCCUCGGUCAAGGCCAAGAGGCAAUUCCUCACGGACCAGGUGCCAUUAAGCGAAUAGGCAGAGAGCGCCGAGACGAAAGCGAAAAAGAAAGGGACCAGAAGAACAAAAAGAACAAGACAGGGCGGCCGGCAGCGGUGGGCGGUGGGCGACGGGGCUCAUGACCCGGGAUUCCGGUUUGUGCGCAACG